GAGGUGGAGCGACACAGAGAGAGGCGAGAGAAAGCAGGCUUGUACAUUGUGUUAUUUAUUCCCGCACCAGAUCCAGCAUGCAUGUCUGCCUGCCGCUUGCUUGAAGGGACUCAGUGUCUUAAAAAGCUUUUGGUCAAGCAGCUCAGUCUAGUCCGGCGCCGAUAGGACCCCAGCAGCCGGCCUUCAUUCUGGAGGGCAAGGCCCCAGCCGAGUCCAGUGGGGGGGCCACAGGGGAUGGCGAGCCGACCUCCCUCAGCUCUAACCCCGCCGCACAUCCUCCACUGAUCCACACGGAGAGUCCGGGAUCCUGGCAGAGCGAGAGCCUGCUGGCUGAGUCCUGGUCCACCAUGGGGGACGUGGACCCAGAGGACAUCAAAAGCCUGGACAGCAGCGACGGGGCGGCCCUGGCCGGGGACGAGAAUCACUCCUUCAACUCCGACAUGGUGCACCUGGAGCGGGAGGAGGCGGAGAUGCUGGAGGAGGUCGCCGGAGAAGAGAAGGGAGGGGGGUCAGAGGACGAGGGCGAGGAGCUUCAGACGAGCGUGUUGAGCGUUCUGGGUGGGGCGUCGGACCUCCUGGUGUCAGCUGAAGAACCUCUCAUGGAGAAGGGAGCAGCAGCAGAGGUCUUGCAUGUGGUCCCUCCCAUGGCGCUGCCCCCCCUGCCCGUCUUCCGGCUUGAACCCCCCUCCACCACCUCCACUCCCACCCCGUCGGCAGCAGCUGAGGAGCUUCCUUACCCCGCACCCGGGCUACUUCCUCCUUCUUCCAUUCUCCCGCCAGCUGCCGAGGGGCUGGAACUGGCCCAGAAGCACCUCUCGGAGGCAGGGGAAAAUUCAUGGAAUGGGUCCGCCGGUCCAACGAGUGAGCUUUCAGUGCUGCUGUGUGGCGGCGCCGCUCUCGUGGCCGUAGUCGGAGUCGUGGCUUACGGCGCUGUGGCCUACUGCAGGAAGUAGAGGCCUUUCUGUUAUAAAUAUUCCACUUUCUUGUCAGCAAUCAUGAAAUAAUGUGACUUUUCCUGGUCAUGUAGUCAACAAUAAUGACCUGGUUGGUCUGAUUGUGUUUGCGCUACCUCAGCUCACAGCAGAGCUCCUGGCCUUUUCCACAGAUCUGUAUGCAUAAAAUCUUACUGAAGAAUUCA